AUGUUGGUCAAUCUCAAUUCUAUAUUAACAUGGCUUGCCAUUCCCCUUUUCAGUUGCUUGGGGAUUGCUGCCGGGGCCAAUUCGACGGCGAUUGACAUUGCAUACAAGUGUCUCGCGAAUGGCACUGCAGCGCCGAACCAAACCGUCCUAAAUAAUGUGCGAACAGCGCGAGUCAGCGUACCGCGCAAUCCUUUCCAGGUCAUCUACGCUACCAGACAGAAGAAUGUAGCCUUUGCAUCGCUCAACACACCCUAUGGCAACAGCACUCUGGGCGUCUUCAACACGAGCAGUCUUGCACCUCGAUUGACGCAUCAGGUCAACUUGUCGGCGGCGCGCAGUUUGCUCUUGGAAGACGGUGCAUUCGGGUUGACUCUGACUCACGACGGUCGACAUGUCUUGCUUGCGGCCGGCUCCGGCGCCGUGGUCGUCGACGCAGCUCUCGCGGCCGCAGGAGACGCCAAUGCGGUGGUGGGUGUCUUGAACGGCAACACGACUCGCACGCCUGGCACCUCGGCGAUCACGGUUUCGGUCUCGCUCGAUGACCAAUAUGCCUUCAUCGCCCAGGAGCAGGGGCCGAGUGCGUUACCCUAUGGCAAUGUCGAUGUGUUACGACUGGAAAGAUCGAGCACGAACGGCACCGUCACGGGAACCCCUGUGGGCUACUUGGACUUGGGCCUCGAUGUCAUCAGCACCACCCUCUCUCCAGACGGGCGGACCAUGUAUUCGACCAGUGAGCAGUUAUCUGCCUACCAGUACCACGGCUUGCUCAACGUCGUCGACGUCAAGAAACUCAAGGUGGCUCCUGGUACCGCUGUGCUAUCCAAUAUUACCACCGGCUGUGGUGCAGCAAGAGCCGUGGUGGCGCCAGAUGGUAAAACGGUCUGGGUGGCCGCACGGUACGACAAUACAUUAUUAGCAUAUGAUACCCAGAAAGCCGUGUCGGACCCGACAGGCGCCUUGGUCGCCAAUGUGACGGUAGGAACGUCUCCCGUGGGCUUCGUCUUUGCCCGCAACGGGAGCCGCAUCAUCACGACCGACUCGGACCGCUUCAAUCUCUCUACAACGGGACUCUCUGUCGUCGACGUUGAAGCCGCGCUAGCUGGCAAAGGUCAGGAAAGCGUGCUUGGUCGAAUCCCGACGGGCGUCUUUCCCAGGAAUGCAGCGCUGAGCCCGGACGGAAAGACUGUCUUGGUGGCUGUAAAUGGGCAUGAGAGUGUGGUUGACGGUGGACGUGGACUUUUCGCACCGCGUCCUCCACGCCUGCCUUGCACACCAGCCGGGAGAGGAACGGCCAGAUGGCUCUCUUCGGGACUGCUGGCCCGUGAGAAGAAGAAGCAGGCGGGGCCAUCAUCGUCGUCGUCGUCCUCCUCUGGCCCACCGCAGAAAUCCACGCUCCUGCUGGACCCGUCCUCCCCGCACAGCUCCCUCGACUCCUUCCACACCUACGCCCGGCGCACCGGCCUGUCGCCAACCAGCACGGUCUACGCGGGCACCACCUACGAGUACCUCGCGCAGGAGACCCUCCGACCGUAUGGGUUUCGUCUGCAUCGCGUGGGCGGCAGAGGCGAUCGCGGCGUCGACCUCGUGGGCAUCUGGGAGAUACCGCUCUUGGCAUCCUCAGGUGAAUGGAAAGAGAAGAGCGAGAAAAGCACGAUGGGACGGGGACGUGAUGACUCUCCGGCUGCAAUCGGAGAAUUGGAGGGGGUAGAGACCGGGCGCCUCAAGGUUCUCGUCCAGUGCAAGCGGCUGGUCGGCAGGCAUGCGCGGAUUGGACCGAAUUUGGUCAGGGAGUUGGACGGCGCUGUCAGGGCGGCUAGAAGUGCGGCUUUGCUGAACAUGGUCUACUCUGAGACCGCGAUGGCGAGCUCGACUGCAGAAGAUGGCAUUUCGGGAAGCAGCAGCGGGAAAGAAGAGCUGCAGGAGGACUCGAGUUUGAGGGGCCGGCCGGCCAUCGGCGUCCUGGUAGGCACCAGGCCAGCGACUAAGGGCGUGGUGGACAGCAUGAGCCGGUCGACUCGUGGCUUGGUCUGGGUCAUGAUGGAAGAAGUCACGGAUCAGGACACGGACACAGGUGUUAGGGAAGAAGCUCAACGUGCAAGCCAAAGCGAGUCCGCUGCAAAUCUACGAGGCCGCAUCAAGCAGAUCCUGUGGAACCACGCCGCCCGCGAAGCAGGACUCGAAGGCGUCGACGUGGUGAAACGCUACGACUCGAACGGCGCGGAAGAGCUGGUCCUGAUGCGCAGCGGCCGCGUCUGGGGUGGUGGAGCUGCAAAAAAGCGAACAUGA